AAAACGGAACUCGCCUCAGUGGAAGUGAUCACACAAAACGACCCGUAGUGGCGGGAGAUUUUUUUUUUCGUCAGGUCAGUACUGGAUCAGUGGCGCGCGCGCUGAAUAAAGGAUUGUAAGGAAUGGAAUUUAAGCGGCGCAAUGGAGGAUCUUCGAUGGGCGGAGCCUCUCAGGCCAAGAAGGGCAAAAUGGGCUCCGAGUGGGAGGAUGUCCCGUCUCACUUUGAAGAAGAGCUUGCGCUGUUUGACGAAAUGGAGAUGGAGAUGGAAUCGUCGGAAGGCCAGGCGGGGCACGACGUCAUUCCAGUGGGUGACUUAUUUUCAGCGGAUCUGAACCCGCGCUGGCGCCGUCCCGCUGCGGCACCUCUUCGCCCUGAUAAAGACACGCUCAUCUUUCAGCAGAUUGACCUGGACUAUUAUCUGGGCACUGCUGUGGCCGGGAUGCCAGGACAGGUUCAGGGAAAGGUUCCGGUGGUCCGUAUGUUCGGUGUGACCGACAACGGGAACAGCGUCUGCUGUCAUAUACACGGUUUUGCACCCUAUUUCUACGUCCCUGCUCCCAGCGGCUUCACCGAUUCUCACCUGGCAGAGUUCCAGAAGGAGCUGAACACCGCCGUGUUAAAGGACAUGCGCUCCAACAAGGACAACAUCUCGGUCACCGUGCUAGCCGUGGACAUCACACGCAAAGAGAAUAUGUACGGUUUCCACGGCAAUCGUUCGCUGGACUUCCUGCGCAUCACCAUGGCGAUGCCGCGCCUGGUUGCGCCGGCGAAACGCCUCCUGGAGCAGGGAUUCAAGUUUGCGAACUUCUCCACUCAGAGCUACUCCGCGUACGAGGCCAACAUCGACUUCGAGAUCAGGUUCAUGGUGGACAGUGAUGUUGUGGGCUGCUGCUGGAUCGAGUUGCCUAAAGGGAAGUACAGACUCAGAGAGGAAAAGAGCACGGGAGAGACGGACUUGCGAGAGCCAGGGAAGGUGUCCCUGUGUCAGUAUGAGGUGGAUGUUGGAUGGACAGAUCUGGUCAGUCAUCCAGCAGAAGGCGACUGGCAGAGGAUUGCUCCUCUUAGGGUCCUCAGCUUUGAUAUCGAGUGUGCAGGAAGAAAAGGUGUGUUUCCAGAACCUGAUGUGGACCCGGUAAUUCAAAUCGCCUCCAUGGUGCAGCGUCAGGGCGAGAAGGAGCCUUUUAUCCGCACCGUGUUCACGUUACAGAGCUGCGCCAGUAUAGUGGGCUCUCAAAUCCUUUGCUUCACCCAAGAGAAGCAGCUACUCCAGAGUUGGGCGGAGUUUGUGCGGACGGUGGAUCCCGACAUCAUUACCGGCUACAACAUUCAAAACUUUGACCUGCCGUACCUGAUCAACAGAGCCGCCGCUUUAAAGGUCAAUUACUUCCCCUAUCUGGGGCGGAUGAGGGGCAUCAGAUCGGUCCUGAAAGACUCCAGCUUCCAGAGCAAGCAGAUGGGCCGCAGGGAAAACAAAACCGUCAACAUGGAGGGCAGAGUCCAGUUUGACCUUCUUCAGGUCCUGCUGAGGGACUAUAAGCUGCGCUCGUACACACUCAACGCCGUCAGCUUCCACUUCCUGCAGGAGCAGAAAGAGGACGUCCAGCACUCCAUCAUCACAGACCUGCAGAACGGGAACGAGCAGACGAGGAGGCGUCUGGCUGUCUACUGCCUGAAAGACGCCUACUUGCCCCUGCGCUUGCUGCAGAAGCUGAUGUGUGUCAUCAACUACAUGGAGAUGGCCAGAGUGACGGGCGUGCCCCUGACCUACCUCCUGUCUCGAGGCCAGCAGAUCAAAGUCGUGUCCCAGUUACUACGCCAGGCCAUGAAGCAGGACUUGGUGAUGCCGGUAGUGAAGACUGAAGGCGGAGAGGAUUACACGGGAGCUACCGUCAUCGAGCCGGAGAAAGGGUACUACAGUGUCCCGAUUGCCACUCUGGACUUUUCCUCACUGUACCCCUCCAUUAUGAUGGCUCAUAACCUGUGUUACACUACACUGCUGCAGAAAGGCCAAGCGGAGAGACUGGGUCUCUCUUCAGAUGACUUCAUUAAGACGCCUACAGGAGAUCUGUUCGUCAAAAGCUCGGUAAGGAAAGGGCUCCUGCCCGAGAUCCUUGAGAACCUGCUGAGCGCUCGUAAGAGGGCGAAGACUGAUCUGAAGAAGGAGACGGACCCGUUCAGGAAGCAGGUGUUGGAUGGCAGGCAGCUGGCUUUAAAGAUCAGCGCCAACUCUGUGUACGGUUUCACUGGCGCGCAAGUGGGCAAACUGCCCUGUCUGGAAAUCUCACAGAGUGUCACAGGCUUCGGCAGGCAGAUGAUCGAACAGACUAAGCAGCUUGUGGAAUCUAAAUACACCAUCGCUAACGGAUACCCCGCUGAUGCCAAGGUGAUCUAUGGAGACACAGACUCCGUCAUGGUGAAACUGGGCGUGGACACGGUGCAGCACGCCAUGAACGUAGGAAGGGAGGCGGCCGAGUGGGUGUCCUCGCACUUCGUCCCGCCCAUCAAGUUGGAGUUUGAGAAGGUGUACUAUCCGUAUUUGCUGAUCAAUAAGAAAAGGUACGCAGGUCUGUAUUUCUCCUCCAGUUCAGAGCAUCAUGAUAAGAUGGACUGUAAGGGAAUAGAGACCGUCAGGCGAGACAACUGCCCCCUAGUGGCCAACCUGAUCAACAUGUGCCUUCAGAAGAUCCUCAUAGACAGAGAUCCAGAUGGAGCUGUAGGUCAUGCUAAAGAGGUGAUCUCCGACCUACUGUGUAACCGCAUUGACAUCAGUCAGCUGGUGAUCACCAAGGAGUUGACGCGUACGGCGCAGGAGUACGCAGGCAAACAGGCCCACGUGGAACUCGCGGAGAGGAUGAGAAAGCGAGACGCAGGCAGCGCUCCUAAUCUUGGCGAUCGGGUUCCUUACGUUAUUAUCAAAGCAGCUAAAGGAGUCGCAGCGUACAUGAAGUCGGAGGACCCGAUUUACGUGCUGGAGAACAACAUCCCCAUCGACACGGAGUACUACCUCGAGCAGCAGCUGUCUAAACCUCUGAUGCGCAUCUUUGAGCCCAUCCUGGGAGAAACCAAGGCCGAGAGUGUAUUACUGAAGGGAGAUCACACACGCUGUAAGACCGUCCUGACCUCCAGAGUGGGUGGCCUCAUGGCCUUCGCCCAGAAACGGAGCACUUGCAUCGGCUGCAAAGCCGUUCUCAAAACAGACACUGCCGUGUGCGAUUUCUGCAAAAAGAAGGAGUCUGAGCUCUACCAGAAGGAGAUUGCUCACCUGUCUACCCUGGAGGAGAAAUUCUCUCGUCUGUGGACUCAGUGUCAGCGCUGCCAAGGCUCCCUGCAUGAAGAUGUGCUGUGUACCAGUCGAGACUGUCCCAUCUUCUACAUGAGGAAGAAGGUUCAGAAAGACCUAGGCGAUCAGGAGAAACUCGUCUCCCGUUUCGGCUGGUGAGAAGAUCGCUGGAAUGUUGUCUCCGUUUCUCUUUUCGUCUGGGUGGUUUGGUUUUCUUACUCCUUAUUUGUAAAGAGUCAUAUUUACCUUUUUUUGUACACAAUUAAUACAGCAGCUAAUAAAAUCAUUUUGUAAAAUGUUGGA